GAAAACCUAAAUUACCAAAUAAGGAAUGUACUAUAAAAGGUUGGGCAUAUCAUAUUACUUAAUUCAGGCAUUAGCGGAUAUUUUAUUCAUUUACUUUAAAUGACCCUAAUUGUCACUUAAAUUCAUUGUCAGAAGUUCCAUUUUCAAGAACAUCUGCUUAAAAAUUCAAAAUUGAUUUCUCUCAGCCCCGAUGUAUCAACAAUAGUUCAUGUGUAUUGCGCAAAACCUGUUGAUUGUAUCUUUCUAUCAGUGACUUUUUCAUUUCAAAGGCUACUUUGAGAAAACUUACAUACACAAAGCCUUUAAUAAUUAUCAUAUAAUUAUAUUGUUUCAGUGUGAAAGUUGGAUUUGUUCAAAAAUUAGAUAUUAGUGUGGUUACAUCCCUAAUUGAUUUUCUUAGUAUUCAUACUAUAAUAUCUCAACCAAAAUGUGCUCUCGUGUUAUGAGUACAUUAUCACUGAGGAUUUAUGGAAAACUAAGACCACCAGUCUAUAACACAAUAUCAUGGAGGUGUAUUGAAACAGGCUCAAUGACUCCUGAAAACACUUCUAACUUACCCCCAAAUUUAGUUGUAUUUGGCACAGACAAAGAAAAACUUAAAAAAAGAGACAUGCAAGAUAUUAUUCGGGUGCCAGAAGACUGUGUGCUAGCUCGAAAAGUAAAAGAUUGUCCGACACAUCGGAUUCCUCCACGUGUCUUUUUGCAUACAUUUGAAGAAAUUGAACAUGUUCCUGAUGAGGCAGUUGAGCUUCAUCCAGAAGUUUUUGCAGAUAAUCCAAGGAUAGACUUUUUAUAUCUAUGUAAAAAGUGGCAACGUAACUACAGAGAAGUUGAUUACACAUGGCAACCAAAUAGAGGUGAGAUGGGUAAGGGAAGAAAAAAGCCUUGGCCUCAGAAAGGAACGGGAAGGGCUAGACAUGGGAGUACUGUUGCACCACAAUGGAAAGGAGGUGGCAUCUCAAACGGUCCCCGUGGUCCAAGAACUUUAUUCCAUAAGAUGAAUCCGAAUGACAGACUCAAAGCAUUGACCAGUGCAUUGUCUGUCAAGUGUUUUCAAGAUGAUUUGCUGAUUUUUAAAAAUCUAAAUGUUCCUACUCCAGAUCAUGACAAGUUGCUUGAAACGUUUGCAACAAGAAAUAUGAAAGAAAAUUCAAUUCUUAUUGUUUAUACAGAAAAAGACGAAAUUAAUGAAUGUGAAAAUAUCUGCAAAGCAGUUGAACAUCAGAAAGAAGUCAAUUUAAUGCCACUGGUUGGAUUGAAUGUUUGGAGCUUGCUCCAUCAUGACAAACUAAUAUUAACUCUCUAUGCGCUUGAUGAACUUGAAUCGAAAAUUACCUGGAACUUGCACAGAUUCCCAUGGAUUGAUAAGCCACAUAAUUUUUAUCGAGACAUGCCUUUUGAAAUAGAAAAUAAUGUUGAAUAAAGUGAGAACAAACUCAUAUAAUAUUUAUUUUCAUGCAUGAUACUGUGCACAGGAUCAUAAUUUUGCUUGCUUGUUCACUUUUUUGUCAAUUGUUUCUCUACUUCACCUCUGAUCCAUUUGAAUUUUGUUCAAGCAGACUGGUUUGGAUUAUUAUCUCGGCCAUAGUUUCUUACCCAAGGGUACGGUGUCGAUAACUUUACCUAUGGAGUGCGACUCCGAGAACGCUGAAUCAUUAAGAUUGGUUGAAGAAAACAGGGCUGGGCUAUUAAAGCGAAGUGUAGUGGAAAACGACAUUAGAAAAUUUUCUCAGCCCUUGUUUCAACUGAGACAUUAUAAUUUACUCUUUAUUGUAAUACCAAUUCAAUUUUGGUCCUGCCCUAUUUUUGUUUCACAUAGACAAUAAAUUGAAUGUUUGGUAUGUCA